UUCCUAUCCAAAAAAGUCAGUCACGUUUUCAGUUUGGUUGAAACGUUCUUCUUUUUAGGCUAAGUAAUUUCAAUGUGUUUUUGAUUGAUCUCCAAGUCAAUUACUUAGGUCAAAGGUUUUAUUCAUUUUAUAUGCUGAUCUGAAACUUCUAGCUUAUAUAAAUAGACAUUUGGUACAAUUAUAUUCACUGUCAAUAUAAAUCUGGAGAGAGUAGUUUUCUUGGUUUUUUUUGUCACUUAUGGGUAGUACAAGUUCAAAAGAGACAACAAGCCCAAGGCAAUUUGUGUAUUCAUCUUAUUCGAAUGCGAUUUAUCAACCUGCAUCCCUUGGACAGAACCCUAACUAUACCCAGCAAGUGAAGUUGGAUAAGAAGUAUCAGAACAUAUCAGACAAUUACCAAACACUAGAACAGGUUAUUGCAGCACUUGCCCAUUCUGGACUUGAGUCAUCUAAUCUCAUUAUUGGUAUUGAUUUCACAAAGAGCAAUGAAUGGACAGGUUCAAGAUCAUUCAAAAGGAGAUGUUUACAUCAUAUUGGAGAUGGUCUAAAUCCGUAUGAAGAAGCAAUAUCCAUUGUGGGUAAAACCUUAUCUUCCUUUGAUGAGGACAAUUUGAUUCCUUGCUUUGGAUUUGGAGAUGCCUCAACACACGAUGAAGAUGUUUUUAGCUUCAACCGAGAUGGAACACCUUGCAACGGAUUUGAAGGUGUCUUAAGCCGAUACAGAGAGAUAGUUCCACAUCUUAAACUUUCAGGACCUACUUCUUUUGCACCUCUAAUAGAAACAGCUAUGAAGAUCGUCGAUGAAAGCUAUGGGCAGUAUCAUGUCCUUCUAAUUAUUGCUGAUGGACAGGUAACAAGAAGUGCCAAUACUCCAAAUGGUCAACUUAGUAGACAGGAAACACAAACUAUCGAUGCUAUAGUUAGAGCAAGUGAGUAUCCAUUGUCAAUUGUGUUAGUUGGAGUUGGUGAUGGGCCUUGGGACAUAAUGAAUGAGUUUGACGACAACAUUCCUGCACGAGCCUUUGACAAUUUUCAGUUUGUAAAUUUCACUGAGAUUAUGUCGAGAAACAUUGAUCCAUUGAAGAAAGAGGCAGAAUUUGCUCUUGCUGCGUUGAUGGAAAUUCCUUCUCAAUAUAAAGCUACUCUUGAGUUGAAUCUACUCGGCCGGAAGACAGGAAGGGCUCCAAACAAGGUUUCUCUUCCUCCUCCUAUUUCUACCCUUGCUUCUUUUGGCAGUUAUUCAAUACCACGUCACUUUGAUCUUCCAGCAGCCGACAAUGAUCCAUCUUUGUUUUCUUGGGAUGAUAAUCUAGUCUGCCCUAUAUGUCUAGUACAUUUAAAAGACAUGGCUUUUGGAUGUGGUCAUCAGACAUGUUGCGACUGUGCGGAAACACUUGAUACUUGCCCUAUUUGUCGUAGGGAUAUCUACACCAAAAUUAAGCUCUACAGAUAGCUUAUAGGUCUCACAUUUCACAAUAUUUUAUCACAUUCUUUAAAAGAGAAGGUUAGUCAUCCAGAAGCUUCUUUUGUAGUACAUAGAAAUCUGAAUUGGAUAUAUAAAGGCUAAAAACAAUGAAACUAUGCAGGAUUGGGCUUUGGGAAACAACUCUAUCAAAUCAUCACCCCCUUGGUUUUGCAAGUUCAUCCACAAAGAAUCGUUUUGUCCAGUAUUGACACCAAUAUGCAAUUAAUUUUUUUUUGUUAAUUUAUGUGCUAUUGUUUUUGUAAAGAGUAGUAAUGUAGUGUAAAAGUUUAUAGAACAAUUGUUCCUCCCAAAAGAUUGAUGAGGGCUCCAUUCAAGCCUCUCUGUUGUUCAUAAUGUGUGUUACCACUUUCUCUCAAACUCUAAAUCUCCUAUUGUAAAUAAUCAACAAAGUUAAGAGCUUAGUUAUUUUGUU